AGCCUCCACCACCCUGGCUGUCUUGUUUAUGUGUGUGUGUGUGUGUGUGUGUGCGUGUGUGUGUGUUUAUUGGCUUCAGUCCACUCUAUACCACCUGCGUCACCGUCCCAGCAUGCAUUGCACAGAAGAAGAAAUGGCGACCUUCAUGAGUGAAAAACAUAGUAAAGCUGUUAAGUUUUUGAGGUAAUUGUAAAUUUUUAGGAAUCCUGUAAAACAAAAACUUUUCGGACAUUAAGAUCAUCACGUUUAGAGCGACAUGUUCAGCCAGCUGUGGAUCCGUUCAUCUCUGCUUCAACCUGAAGGAGUUUAUUUUAAGGUUUGAUCAUUAAAUCCUCAUCGUGACCAAACAGGUUUUACGAUCUCCACAUAAUGAGACGAUUUAUUAUUACUGUUAUGUAACUUCACAUAUUAACAUGAUGAACCUGUUUGAACCAGAAGGCAGAUCUCAUGGUACUCGUCCAAACACUGCGCUGGAUGAACGUUAAACAUCCCAUAAUAUUCUCACCAAGACGUAAAAAUAAUCUGCAGAAUUUCUGAUCAGAUCAUCACCAGAUGUUUGGACCUUCCUGUUAGCGGUACUCCGACAUCAUAGCAACCAAAGCUGCAGAAUCAAGUGGUAUAAAAUGUAAAUAAAUGUUCGGACCUCUUCCAGACUGGCAAGAUGGCGCCUGUGUUUGGCUUUGGCUCUGUCAGGUUGUGUUUGCUCUGUAUGCUGUGUUCCUGUCUGAGGCUGCUUCUUUGACCGCCAUUCGCUUCUGGCGAUCAAGUCUGUGAUGGUUGACCUUCAGCGUCAUCGAAGCGGAGUUAAAUUCCCGCCACCACUGAUCCGGUGUCCCUCCCGCCAUCUCCCCUCUUUGACCUGUGGACGCGCCGCUGCUUUGGCGAAGGAAACGGGGGAAGAGGCCCGGCCUUGUCGUGUGGCUCCGGAGACGUGGGCUGGCGCCGUGGGAUCGUUCCAGGUGCGAUUCGACCUCAGCUGUGUUGGUGCCGGGCUGGUUUGUUCACUCCCAGUUGAUCCGUCAUGUUGUCAUCUGAAGCUUUGGGAAUCACGGGCAGCAGAUUUCACCGCCAAAAUGUCGGUAACUAAUUCACGCUCUAUUGCCAAUAAGUCCUUCUUUCUGAAAUGAUGCUUCAUGUCCUGUAAAUCUGUCCUGAGGGCCGACAGGCCGUGGAGCCACUUCUGUCAUCUCAAGGACUUUUAUGUCCAAUGGUCGCUUCAAGUACCAACAGUUCCUUUGAGAUGAUCGUGGGCCAAACCUAUAUAUGAUUUACCGACCACCUGGUCCGGUUUCAUCUUUUCUUUGUACUUCCAGGACUUUUUAUCUUCGAUAGUCGAGCUACAUAGGAUCUGAUCACUGGGGAUUUUAAUAUUCAUGUUGAUGAUCCUUCACAUCGUUCUGCUAUGGACUUUCUUAAUGUCAUGGACUCUUAACUUCUCCCAGCAUGAGUCUGAGCCUCACUCUGCAGGUUGUUACUUACGGACUCAGUCUUAACGAUCCAGUUAUAAACCUUGUUGUUUUCAGUGAUAUUAGCCUGUCUGUUUUAAUAUGUCUUAUAAUUUGGAGACUUCUUCUCUAGUUGCCAGCAAGGCAGACGUUUUAUUGACAAUGUUGCAGUUGCAGAGUUGUCUUCCUUCUUUUCCUUUACAGCUGCUCCUGAUGAUGUGGAGCUUCUGGUUGACUCUUUUAAUGACCACUGCCUGUUCAUCCCAGUUAAACUAUCAAACCUGAGAGCUCAGACGCUCUUGUGGGAAAACAGAGCGCCUGUGGAAGAGGACCGGUCUGGUUUUCCACUGGGAACAUUUCAAAGAUCUCCUUGAGUCUUAUAACAAGGCAGUUAGUGAUGCCAGAUAUUUUUAUUUUAGCAAAAUUCUUAUUGACUCCAGGCGUCACGUUUGACUCGUCAUCAGGCUGCGACUCACGUUGAGGCCGUUUCUGUUUCAUUAAAAAACGUUUCAGAUGGUCUCCAGAGCUGAUCUGGAGGAAAUCAUUCAUAUUUUAGUCUCACCUGGUCUGUUACUGUAACGCCCUUUUCACCUGCUGGAUGAAUCCUCCUGUUCACUCAGCAGCCAGUCUCUCUCCUCCGGCUCCCAGCCGACUGUCGGAUUCGUUUCUGGUUCUGGUUCCGACACACGGAGCGCAACACGGCCAGGCUCCUGCUUCUCUGUCAGGUUUUAACUAAACUUUCUGCUUCGUUCUCAGACUCUGAGUCUCCUGGUUGGUCCACAGACAACCAGGAGAUUCAAAAGUUCUGCUGGUUCUAUACAGUCCUAUUGGGUUCUGCUGGUUCUGCUGGUUCUGUUCAACCCACUGUGACCUGAUCCCUGUACAGAAUGGGAGUGUUUGUUUUAGCCGUGCUGGUUCUGAUCCGGAUCUCUGCCUCUGGUUUCCUUCCUGGUCUCUGGGCCCCCGGGACCGGCUGGGGCCCGUGUUUCCGGAGAGGAUGCCUCAGGCGGGUCGAGGCUCAGAGUCUCGGCGGCAGGCUGCUGGAAUGGCUGCUUUGCUGUGGGUUCUGCUGCUGCUGGUUCUGGAGGCCGGGCCGGGCCGGCAGCAGGCCUGCCUGCCGAUUUGUUCUGAAGGCCGCUGCCUGAUGGUGAACCGGGCCGGACUGGACUUUGACGCGGCGGCAGCGGCGUGCCGCAGGCGGGCCGGGGAGCUGCUGACGCUGCAGGCUCAGAGCAGCAACCAGCUGUUGGCCCGGCUGGCUCCGGUUCUGUCCGGAAGCUUCUGGAUGGGACUGCAGCUGCCGGCCGGGUCCUGCAGCGACCCGGCAGAACUGCUUAGAGGGUACCGCUGGACCUCUGGCGCCGCCAACGGAACCUUCAACUCGUCCUGGGUCCAGUGGGCGGCCAGCACAGCAGUCUGCUCGCCCAGCUGCGUGGCGCUGGCCCAGUACCAGGUCUGGACGGAGCGGCCGUGUUCCGACAUACUCGACGGGUUUCUGUGCGAAUCCUCAGACAGCAAUGCAUGCUGGGAGCAGGAGCUCUUCUUGAACGGCUCCUUCCGGUGCGACGACGCCCCCUGCCAGCAGCAGUGUGCCGACGCCGAGGGCGGGGUCAGAUGCUCCUGUUUCCAUGGUUACAUCCCGGACGGAGGCGACCCGCAGCGCUGCCGGCUGCACUGCGCCCAGCAGAGCUGUCCGGCCGAGUGCGUGGCGGGCAGAGCGGCGUGCCGCUGCGCGGACGGCUUCCUGCUGGAGGAGCGGCGGUGUGUGGACAUCGACGAGUGUCACAUGGGGGAGUGCGACCAGAUCUGCCUCAACACCUUCGGCAGCUUCCUGUGCUCCUGCCACCGAGGCUUCCUGCUGACAGGACAGGUGCGGUGCGUCGCCGUGGCAGAAGGUGAGGUCGUGACCCCGGCGGAUAGUGACAGCACACUGAGCGCCGCCUCGGCUCCAUCGGGGCCCUUCCUCUGGGCCUGGGUGGGGGCUGCCGUGGUUCUGGUGGCGGCCGUGUUUCUGCUCAGACUUUACGUUGUUCGACACCAGAAACGCAGAGAGCGAAGCUCUGGCCAGCAGCUGGACCCUUCCGCUCCCCUCCCGGGUCCCUGAACCACAGCUUUGGAACCUUUACGCUGUGGAGGACAGAACCUGGCAGUCGGCGUUCAGGGCGGUAGUUAAACGUUAAAAUGGCCGCCUUCUCUCCAUGUAGAAUUAAGUUUGUAACUUUUCUGAAAAUGAUUUUUAUCUUUUUCUUCAAACUGUUGCCAUGGUUACCAUAACAGUUUGUUAAGAGAGAGAUCAUCUGAAACAUCAAUCUCCUCCAAAAACAGUCAAUCAGAGCCAGGAGGCAGAGCUUAGUGCUGCUAAUCACCACCAUGUACACGCCGCUAAAUGUGUUAAUGGCAGAGAAACAACUUGGCCGUCAUCGGUGACUAUGCUAACUAGCCUUAGCAUUCAUGACAGCCUGUGCUAGCUGCAGUGUAGCAGGGAGCAGCGCCACAGCAGGUUGUGAUUAACAGCGCUAAGUCUGGCUGCACCAAUUGGAGUUUUCUGGCCAAUCACCGAUCUAUUAAAAUUCCUGACCUGCCAAUACCAAUUUUUUUUGUCCAAAAAUGUUGCUAAAACUAGGAAAAUCAGCACGGAUACAUCGGUGCGUCCCCAGCGCUGAGACCCGCCUCCUGGCUCUGAUUGGCUGUUUGGAGUUAGAGGGAAGAGCAGAUUGUCUUGGCAGUUUAAACAAAUAUGUAGAAAAUAUUUUUAUAAAAGUUAUAAAUUGCAGCUUUAAUGCAAUUUCAGAAAAAUUCUUCAGAGGAAAUGUGUAGAAAUCUCCAGAUAUUUAGUUUAUGAGAAAUGAUCAAAUCUCGAGACAAACUGAACAUUCAUCCUAAUGACUCAAUACUGCAACAUGAUCCGAUUCCUAAAGUAAUCAAUCAGUAAAUGUUAUUUUAUAUUUUCUGCUUUUACUGGGAUUAUAAAUGUUCAUUUUAAAUCAAACUGUAACUGUAACUUUUUAUUGCUCAUGUUUAAAGCUUUAACAUAAAGUAUUGCUGUUUUUGUUCAA